AUGGCCGAGAUGCAUCGACGCGCAACAUUUCGAAACAGCUAUACAGAGGCGAUGGAGCAGGCCCAAGCUCAGUUGAAUCGCAUGCGUGAGCAUGAGUUGGCCCAGCGCAAAGAGUUUCACGAUCGAUAUAUUCGCCUCAUGGAACACUGGCCUGCCGCGCGCCUUCUCACGGAUCAUCCGAGAACAGUGCGCCUGGUUACGCAAAGCUUUGAUGAACAACUCCCCGUCAUGGACGUUGAAUGGCUGGAGGAGGUGCGCGAGCAGCUGCGCGAGGUGCUUGAGCAGCACGAGUACACCACGCCGUAUCCCGACCUACAGCAAGGGCAGCGGCUCUUGCAUCCACGUGUUUCAGGCACCGACACGCCUCCAUCGACAGCACGGCCAACCAAUGGUCCCUCUGAGGUCUUUUCCAGCUCCGUCCCAGAGGCCUCAGUCCAGGAUGAGGGCUUGCUUUCGCCAAUUGCCGAGGCUGACUCGUCACCCCACUCUCCCUCGCCUGCCUACUCGCGCGAUGACCGCUCGCCUCCGUCUACCGAUGCCGACACCGUUGCCCAGUUGCACCAGGCGCAAUCUCAAGUGGCAUCGCUGCAAGCACAGCUGGAGGUUUUGCAGGAAAAAUACGAGGACUCGCGCCGAUUGGCAGAGGCGGCGCAAGAUGAGCUUACCCGCAGCGUGCUGCAAUAUUCGAUUGCGCCCGCGGCCAUGUCUUCUGACAACUUGCCUGAGACUGCGAUGCAGCAGGGCCCGAACAAGCUGGCUCAGAACGAUGAAGAGAACGCGACCAGUGAUGUGGAUGCGGCCGGCCAGGAUGAGGCGUCUCUUGCAUUGCGAUCAAACAAGGCGAGCAAAUCCACCUUACAGCCCGAAGCAACGGAUGCCGACGCGACUAGCAGGGAAAUUGAGGUUUCUGUCCCUGUAUUUGCUUCAGCGCGGAGCGACAGCCUCGACCUUGCGGUCGCGGAUGACGGUGAUGGGGAUGGUGACGAGGAUCAUCUCAGUGACGAUGACGACGCUUCUGACGCGGUUGCUGUUAGCAGCGUAGCCAGUGCUUCUGGCGAGGAGAGGCACCCAGUUGUCGAAGCGUCUGCUGCAUCUGCCUCGUCGGCUCCGGGACACGCGGCAGAGCAGAAAGACUUGGCGCCUGUGAGCGCAGCCUUGUCUCCCAGCUAUCAGCGCGUUAAGCUUGCAAUCUACGACUUUGAGGUGUGUCGCUCGCUGUUGCGACUGAGUCUGGCUGCGAUCACCGCAGUUGGUGACACGGUCUUGUUCAUGGCGCAAAAUCACUCCAUCGAGUACAUGAAGGCUUUCCGCCGGAGCAAAGAUGAUGGCUCAGAGCCCAUUGAGUGUAUCUUGACCCAGAGGCAAAUGGUGGUUCAUGGGGCGCUUCGACAGACGUGA